GUUACUUUCAAUUUUGAAUCUGAGGCUUUUUUCCUCAGUUACUUUCAGUUUGAGUCUGAGGCUUUUUUCAGCGCUAUACAAAGGAACUGAAGGCUGUUCCCCAUGGCUGAGGACAAACACAAAAACAAAAAUCCACUUAAGAUGUUGGAAGCCCUGGGCAAAGAUGUCGCCAAUGAGUUUCUCGAUAGCUUGAUGGAAAAAAAUGUGCUGAGAGUAAAGGCAGAAGACAAGCAAAAUUUUUAUGGUGCCAAAACACAAGACAAGGCCCGAGUUUUGAUAUCUUCUCUCCGAGACAACCAACAGGAGGCCGUUCGAUUACUUCUGGAAAACUACCUUCACCUGGAAGGAAAGCCCACCAAUGAAGAAGCUCCUCCGGAAAUCAAGGCUGAGCCAGCUGAGUCAGCAGAACCUACAGAUACCCUCAAGCUUUGCCCUCGUAAAGACUUCUUGAGACUGAGUAAAGAACGGGCUGAUGAGAUCUACCCCAUAAAGGAGAAAAAGGAUCGCACUCGCCUGGCUCUCAUCAUAUGCAACACAGAGUUUGACCAUCUUGAGCGGAGAAAUGGGGCUGACCAUGACAUUGUGGGGAUGAAGGGGCUGCUUGAGGGCCUGGGCUACAGUGUGGAUGUAAAAGAGAAACUCACAGCCAGGGAUAUGGAGUCUGUGCUGCGGGAAUUUGCUGCCCGACCAGAGCACAAGUCCUCAGACAGCACCUUCGUGGUGCUCAUGUCUCAUGGCAUCCUGGAUGGAAUCUGUGGAACGAAGCACAGUGAGGGAACAUGGGAUGUGCUGCCUUAUGACACCGUCUUCCGGAUACUCAACAACCGCAACUGCCCUAUUCUAAAGGACAAACCCAAGGUCAUCAUUGUCCAGGCCUGCAGAGGUGCAAACCGUGGGGAAGUGUGGGUCAGAGACUCUCCAGAAGCCUCGGCAGCCAGCUCCUCACAGUUACCUGAGAACCCUGUGGCAGACAGCUUCUCACAGUCCCCUGAGAACCUGGAGGAAGAUGCUGUUUGCAAGACCCACGUGGAGAAGGACUUCAUUGCUUUCUGCUCUUCCACCCCACAUAACAUGUCCUGGAGAGACAUCACAAAGGGCUCCCUCUUCAUCACACAGCUCAUCACAUGCUUCCAGAAAUACUCUUGGUGCUGUCACCUACAGGAAGUGUUUCGGAAGGUACAACAAUCAUUUGAAACACCAAGUGUUCGAGCCCAGAUGCCCACCAUUGAACGACUGUCCAUGACAAGAUGCUUCUACCUCUUUCCUGGAAAUUGAACACUGAAACCACAGGCAGCCCAGCCCUCCUUUAUAAACUUCAGGAAGCACCUUUGCCAGUACAUUGUACAACACAUGCAUUUAACCUUUUAUUUUCUGAUAAGAAGUUUUCUGAUAAGAAGUCUGCUUUUAUUCUUAUCUUUUUUCCUCUGACUACAGGGUGCCGUUUGCUCUGGCUAUUUUAAAAGUUCCUCGUCAUUGGAUUUAAGGACGUUAAUUAUGAUAUGUCUUGUAUAGUUUUCUUAGUUUUGCUUGUGCUUGGGGUUCAUUGAGAUUCUUGGAUCUCUACAUUUACAGUUUUCAUCAAUUUUUUUGAAAGCAAACCAUUUUUUUAAGAGAAAUGGCUUCUAUUGCUAUAUCGUCAAUAUUUUCCUAUGUAAUGUUUAAAUGACUUGUAUUAUUACAUUUUUUCAACAAAGGCAUGUUCCAUUUGUGAACCUACAUGAAGGUGUGUGCUUCUGAUUUGUACACUUUUCUAUACAUGCGUUAAGCUGAGAUAAAAUUUCCAAAAAUGAUGUCAAGAGAAAUUCUUGGGCAGCAAGAUUACAGUUCAUUUGUUUUCUUUUUAUUUUCCUGUAUUAAACUAAUGAAUGUUAUCAAAAUAAAUGAAGGAUUUUUUUUAAA